AUGGACCCCAACUGCUUCUGUCCCACCGGGGACUCCUGCACCCACCUGGGCUCCUGUACAUGUAAAGUGUGCAAAUGCACCCCCUGCAAGGAGAGCUGCUGUUCCCACUGCCCCAUGGGCUGUGCCAAGUAUGCCCAGGGCUGCAUCUGCCGGGAGACAGCUGAUAAGUGCCGCUGCUGUGCCUGA